GCCAUGUUGGAGCCCCUCUGGCUUGUAACAUCAUAAAACUAGAUGAUGUGGAAGAAAUGAACUACUUCUCUUCUAACAACGAAGGCGAGGUCUGCAUUAAAGGACCAAAUGUGUUCAAGGGUUAUCUGAAGGACCCUGAGAAGACAGCAGAAGCAAUUGAUAAAGAUGGCUGGCUCCACACUGGAGACAUAGGGAAAUGGUUGCCAAAUGGAACACUGAAGAUCAUCGAUAGGAAGAAGAAUAUAUUUAAACUUGCACAAGGAGAAUACAUUGCUCCAGAGAAGAUAGAAAAUAUCUAUAUCAGAAGUGCUCCUGUAGCCCAGGUCUUUGUACACGGGGAAAGCCUAAGGUCUUUUCUAAUAGGUAUAGUGGUACCUGAUCCUGAGACGCUUCCAGAAUUUGCAGCAAAACUGGGAGUAAAAGGUUCAUAUGAAGAUGUCUGCAAAAAUCCAGCAGUGAAGAAAGCUAUUUUAGAAGAUAUGGUCAGAUUGGGGAAAGAGGCUGGCCUUAAAUCCUUUGAACAAGUUAAAGACCUGUACAUCCACACAGAGCUGUUCUCUGUAGAAAACGGACUCCUGACACCAACACUGAAAGCAAAGCGAGCAGAGGUGGUUAAACUCUUCAAGAAGCAGAUUGAGGCCCUCUAUUCAAGUAUGCAGGAAUAAGUGGCCAGUUUAAUUUAAACUGCAUGGAGUAUCCAAACAAAUCUGACACUAUAUGACCUAUGAAGAACACAAGCAUGAGUGGAGGGGAGCAAGGAGAACUUAAAUAUAUUGUUUCUGAUAUCCUGAGAAAAAUUACUUUCAGGUGAAGAUGGCUAUAGUAUAACUGACAACUGGCA